GAGAGAGAGAGAGAGAGAGAGAGAGAGAGAGAGAGAGAAAGAUAUAGAGUAAGGGAAACGGUAUAUAAAAGGAGAUAACGCAAGAGGUAAAGGACGAAGACUAUAUGAGAAAAUAAUUCGACUAUGUUAAGAUUUUAACAUGAUCCGGAAAAAUUAAUAAAGAAAGGAGAAAAAGGAAGAAGAAAAAAGUAAAAGGGAGGAAAACAAAAAAAAAAGAAAAAAAAAAAAGAAAAAAAAAUAAAAAGAUCAAACGGAAAUAAAUAUAAAAAGGAGAAAGGAGAUAUUGCGAGUGCGUUGAAUGAAGAAAUAUGAACUUCGUUGAAAUUGGGUUGAAUUUUGUGAAAUUAAGAAAAGAAAAAAAGAAAAAGAAAAAAGGGCUGAAAAGAGAUUAAGUUCUUUCGAGAUUUACUGUGAUAGUAAAAGAGGACCAAAAAGAAAUAUAAAAAAAAAAAAAUAAUAGAAGAGAAAGAGAGAGAGGUAGAGAAAAAAAUCAAAAAAAAAAAAAAAAAGAAAAAGACAUACGACACUUUUGCAAAGAUCCAAAGGAUCCGAGGGAUCAUCGAUCGACGUUUACAUUGAACCAGGCGUGAGGCAUUAUCGACAGCAACCGAAGAUAACCAGUACGUUUAUGCGUCAACGGUUGCUGAAGAGAACUUCAUUUCCAAUUUAACAGUGACGCAAAGACUCGAACAAUAAAUUUCUACUGCCAUGGAGAAAGCAAAAGGGGAGACAAUAAACAUGCAACUCAUCGAUUCUCAAAGUCCAUACAAAGUUAACAACGAGAUAACAAGUAGUGGUGUAAAUACACCGGAUGCUCCUACGUCACCGACAGUGUCCGAGGAAUCCUAUGACCCUCAUAAACAUCGCAAUGUACCGAAUCCAACCUCAAAUGCCGAAACGUUGAUACACUUGUUAAAAGGCAGCUUGGGUACUGGUAUAUUAGCGAUGCCAAAUGCAUUUUGUAAUAGUGGCCUUGCGACUGGUGCAGUAGCGACCGUCAUUAUCGGAACUUUAUGUACAUACUGCUUACACGUACUUGUCAGGGCGCAAUACAAACUAUGUAAACGGUUAAGAGUUCCUAUACUCAGUUAUCCAAUGAGUAUGAAGUACGCUCUCGAACAAGGUCCUCAAUGUAUAAAAUGGUUCUCACCGUAUGCACCAGGACUAGUAGAUGGAUUUAUGAUAACAUAUCAAUUGGGAAUUUGCUGUGUUUACAUAUUAUUUGUAGCCAGAAAUAUAAAGCAGGUGGCAGAUCAGUAUUGGGAACCAUUGGAUAUAGAAAUCCAUACGUCCAUUUUGUUGCUUCCGCUGAUAUUAAUGAACUACAUUAGAAAUCUUAAAUUAUUGGCGCCAUUUUCUACGUUAGCCAAUAUAAUAACCUUCAUUGGAUUGGGAAUGAUAAUAGCUUACAUGUUCGAGGAUUUACCAAGUAUGAGCGAUAGACAAAUGUUUGGUAGUGUUAGAAGUUUUGCUCUUUACUUUGGUACGACAUUGUUCGCAUUGGAAGCCGUCGGUGUGAUAAUAGCUUUGGAAAAUAAUAUGAAGACCCCGCAAUAUUUUGGAGGAUAUUGUGGUGUUCUCAACAUUGGUAUGACGGUUAUCGUAACUCUCUACAUUCUUAUGGGUUUCUUUGGUUAUUUGAAAUAUGGAACGGCAGCUAAAGGAAGCGUUACGUUUAAUUUACCGAAAGAUCAAGUGAUGGCUCAAUCUAUUAACAUAAUGUUUGCGAUAGCAAUUUUUAUAACUUACGCGUUACAAGGAUACGUACCUGUUGAAAUAAUCUGGAAGACUUAUCUUGAUCAACGUAUACAAAAUCAUAAAAUCUUUUGGGAAUACGUUUGCAGAACUCUCGUUACAUUGGUAACGUUUACGUUGGCGAUCACUAUACCAAGAUUGGGUCUGUUCAUAUCUCUUUUUGGAGCCUUAUGUCUAUCUGUCCUUGGUAUAGCCUUUCCAGCCAUAAUCGAGAUAUGCGUAUUCUGGCCAGACGAAUUAGGCCCAUUCAAAUUACUCCUAGUUAAGGAUCUCUGUUUGAUAUUAUUUGGUUUGAUAGGUCUCGUUGCUGGAACUUACGUCAGUGUAGUCGAAAUUAUAAAAUCAUUUAAUCCUGAUGCCAUAGAUCAGAGCGAUUAAAAUUUGAUCGAUUGAAAUUUCUUCUAGAGAAGAAAUAAGAACAAAAAGAUGAAAAUGAAAAUGAAAGAGAGAGAGAUAGAGAGAGAGAGAGAGAGAGAGAGAGAGAGAGAGAAAGAGAGAGAAAAGGAUUGGCACGCAAACGUAAAGCUUUUUCAAUAUUUAGAGAAGAAUCACGUGCCGUAGAUAUAAUUAAUCAAUAAUGUACCUUCUUAUACGUAUAAUAUGACAAGAGAGAGACUAAGAAUCUCAAAGCAUUCGGGAAAUGCUUCUUAUAUCACCGCCAUUAGUAUACUUAGACUGUUUGAAUCUCUAAGACGAUAAAAAUUACUUUGUAGAGAUAUUAUAUAUAUAUAUAAUAUAUAUAUAAUAUAUUAUAUAUAUAUAUUAUAUAUAUAUAUAAUAGAGAUGCGAUUUUAGUUAGGAUAGAUUGUUAAUUGUAUGCGUUUUAACGAUCCCGAUAAAAUGAAAGAUAUAUAACAUUGCUUCGAAACUGUGAUCGAAAAUUUCUAUUGACGCAUUCGCUUCGCGAGAAGAGAGAUCGAUCCAUUUUU